UUCUUUGUCCUCUGUCUCUCUUUCAAUGUCAUCAGAUAAGAACUACAGGCAGAGAGAUAGAAACCGCAACUCAAAACACACAAAACGGAAAGGAGUGUCCUAAAAGCAAAGCAGCUCCAACUCAUUUAAACCUUCCCUUCCUUCCCUCCCUCCCCUCCCUCAAAUUAAAAAAAUCAUAAUCAAAAGAGAGAGAAAGCAAAAGAAAAGAAGGGAGUCGGUGAGAGAUGAAGGGGAAAGGAGGGAAUGUGGGAUCCAGAUUUCCUUUGAGCUUUUGGGAAGUUGGUGCUGCUUCCUCUGUUGUGUUGGGAUUCGUUUUGUGUCUUUUGGGUGUUUACCUAACCAUGCCUGCAUCUGACUAUAGUUUCCUCAAGCUUCCUCGUACCCUCGAAGAUCUUCAAAUCCUCAGGGAUCACCUUGAGACCUAUACAAUUGACUACACCGCACAAGUUCUGGUGGGGUACUGUGUGGUCUACAUUUUCAUGCAGACCUUUAUGAUCCCCGGGACUGUUUUUAUGUCAUUGCUUGCUGGGGCACUUUUUGGAGUACUUAAAGGUGUAGCUUUGGUGGUGUUCACAGCCACUGCUGGUGCUUCUUCUUGCUAUUUUCUGUCAAAACUAAUUGGGCGGCCUCUUGUCUUUAGUUUGUGGCCUGACAAACUUAGUUUCUUCCAAGAGCAGGUGGCUAGAAGAAGAGGAGGAUUGUUGAACUACAUGCUUUUCUUACGACUAACCCCAACUUUGCCAAAUACAUUUAUAAAUGUUGCUUCACCAAUAGUUGAUGUUCCUUAUCACAUUUUCUUCCUGGCAACCUUGAUUGGACUUAUUCCUGCUGCUUAUGUCACUGUUAAGGCUGGAAUAGCACUUGGAGAAUUGCAAUCGAUAGGGGACCUUUAUGACUUCAACUCCAUUGCCACUCUGUUCCUUAUCGGGAUCAUCUCAAUUACCCCAACAUUAAUGAGCAAGAGUAAAUCAUAGUAAUGUUCCCUAAACACUUGUUGUACAUGCGUCUUCAGUCACCUAGCCAGCCAUUGCGGUGCCACGUUGUUUCUGUAUAGCAGCUAAAUGCAAUACACAGCUGUCCCUGCCUGUGGGUUCCCUUGUGAAUGCUGCGGAUGACAGAGAUGAUCUUGGGAGGAUGCCUGACUUGCACAAGUUCAUUUUCCUGUUGGGGUUAUUUGGAUUAGAGGUGUGGGGUUGGUGAUAACCUGUAUAAUUUGAAUGCCUAGAAAAAAAAGUCAUCAAUCUCAAGCAUAUGUGCAUUUUUUCUGCAAGACAUGUUGUAGUUUUUACGCCUGUUGCAGGGUUUAUGCCAGUCGGUGCUGUCCACUUUUUUAA